AUUUCCUUUAUCUAUUACAUAACCAAACCGCAUGUAUGCAGCACGUGUCUUAUCGCCCCAUAUAUGGUGCUGUUCCACGUGCUUACAAGGAGACGUGAUGUAUUUUUUCGUGAGAGUUGUGAGAGGGAGUUAAUUGGAGUGUAAUAGCAACAUCGAACCAAGAAAAUAAAUCGUGAGUACGCUAGCUUUUGCACCACAGUUAAUUGGAGUGUAAUAGCAACAUCGAACCAAGAAAAGAAAUCGUGAGUACGCUAGCUUUUGCACGUUUUCUACAGCACUUACCGAUAGCCCGUUUUGCGGUAGGUUGGUAAAUUAUCAAGCAAUGAGUCGCAGCAGGAGGAAAUUGAUUGCUAAUGACCACGUGAUCGUCGUAAUCCUCUAUAUAACUCAGCCUCGUGGCCAAAGAUCAAUUGAACUUCAAUCACUUUGCAGUCUACCCUGAUCUUGCAAAAGAAGGCUGUUUAUAAGAUGUCUUCUUCCAAGUUCGUAUCCCCUUGUCACGGUGACAGUAUUACGGUCUACAACUCUACCAGCGGAGCAGUCAAGUGUCAGGCCUGUACCACAUGUCCUGCAGGACAUGGGCUUUCUGUGCAGUGCAGUUCCGUUCAAACCCCAGAGACACCCAUAGUUUGCGAGCCAUGUGUGCUUGGGAAAACAUACUCGUCUGGAAAAGACGCCGGGGCAUGCAUGAGCUGUCAGAAUUGCGAGGAGUAUCGCGAAACCAUAAAGGCCUGCACCCCGACUUCCAAGGCAGUUUGUGGAAAGUGUAAGCCUGGUGGUUACCAAGAUGACCUCCUAACAGGAAUGUGCCAGCCCUGCUCCCCUUGUUGUGAUGACCAAGAUGAUUUAGUCGAGCCACAGUGCCGAGGCAUGCCCAAAAAUAAGCAGUGCAGUGUUCUCAGAUCACAUAAAUGCAGUAAAAUGAUUUCUGAUCGAAAUGUCAGCACAGUCAGGUCCGUGGAAACAAACCACACAGCAUCACUGGUAUUGGUGUCAUCUCCCACAAGCCACGUGUCUACCCCACGGAGCACGUACGCUGCACACCAGGGGACCCCUAUGGCUGAUAGUCCUUCGGAAGUCAUAACCAUUGGUGCUGCUGUCGGUGGAUCAUUAGCGUUGGUCCUGUUGCUGUUGGUGAUUUGCUAUUUGCUUAAGAGAAAGCGCAAUCAUCGAGUAAAUAAGAAGGCUAAUGAUACCGAAAGGCAAGAAACACGUGGCAACGAAGAGGUUGGUGAGAUCUCGAUUGAUCUAGACCAGUUAAACAAGGAAAGGUUACUUCCAUCAGAGAAAUACUCCUUGGACGAAAGGAACGCCACCUCGCCAGCGACCACGGAAACUCGACCACAUGUCCAGAACAGUACAGUUCCAGAUUCCUGCAAGCUAUCAGUAGAGGAAAGCGAGGCUACAUCGCAAGGUAUCAAAGAAACUCAGCCACCGGACUACAACAACACAGAGCACAAGGUGGUCAUGAAUUCGAAGGCUCCCAAAUUCAGCUGUUGUCACACUAAGGUGGAAAGGACCACUAUAAACACCGUGAGGUACUGUAAAACUUGUGAUCCAAAGUCUCCAGCGUGUACAGAAAUCUGAAGAACGAUUAGAUAGAUUAUAGAGAGAUUUAGCACCGCGUUUACGCGAAACAGAGUAUAACCAGUAGAAGUGUGAAGAACGGUUAGAUAGGUAAUAGAGAUGAUUUAGCACCGCGUUUGUGUGAAACGGCAAACGCCAGCAUGCCCUUUCACGUUUUACGUAAAAUAGCGUGAACCUUGCUUCUCUAGCUUUGCGUGAGUUCAUCAGGGCAUGGAGGCUUUGAAGGCGCCCUUGUGUGUCAGACUUACAUGGAAUAGUUUAGGUGCCCUUUUCCAGCAAUUACCCUCUACUCUAAGAUAAAAACAGUGAAUAAAAUCCUACCUAAACGGCAAACGCGUUAGCAAAGCCAUGUUUCAAAAUCAAAAUUUGACGGAUAUAGAAGCUAAUUAUUCCAUUGUUACCAGUCCAUCUUGUUUCUUGAGCUGGCAGUUUUGUUGUACAAUUGUUAUAACUUUUAAAACCCUCAUCUAGACUGAACAGAACACUUAACGGGCUCUCUAAGCCAUUGGCACCUUCGAGAAACAGGUCCAUUGCGUAAACUAGACAGGGUGCGAUGCGUUUUAAGUUAAUAGCAGUUCUUUAACCCUUUACACCCUAACAUCAGUAUGCAUUUUCUCUACGCUGCUCUCUAUACAUUUCCUAGAGUGCUGU